AUGCCUUACCACUGGACUGCGGAGAGGGAACGCCGCAUGCUUCUUCUUGCCAUUGCUUCUGCCAAGUUGAAGCCGUCGGCCGGUACAUGGACAAAGGUUGCUCAACUUUUGGGGGAAGGCUUGACUGCCUCCGCCGUAAGUCAAAAAUACUACAAACUCCGAAACGAGUUUGGCAAGCAGCUUGACGGUCAACCGUCGUCGUCGUCGUCGAUGCCUUCUACUCCGACCAAGCGAAAGGCAAGAGACAACGAUGACAACGAUGACUACGACGAUGGAGAAGGAACAGAAGACAAGAAACCAAGAACACCAUCGUCGAAGCGUGCGAAGAAGCCGAAAUGGGAGCCUUUGGAUGCUAUUCUCGUUUCGGAUUCUAGCGACGAUGGCUCCGCCUCGGUCAAGGAGGAAGACAUGACUGCGAACAUGAUGAACACGACUACUCGGACAAACAUGUUUGAGCAACAAUACAUGAACGGGCAACUUUUCAUGCCAGUGCACAUGCCCGUGGCAACAAAGGAGAACUCUCAGAGGGUUUACUAAAUGGCAAUGGCUUUGUUUUGGAGGUGAGAGACUGAGAGGAG